AUGAUUUCGACAACGGUUAGUGGUAAAAGACCUAUAGAGCAAGUUGAUGAUGAGUUACUUUCACUGACUGCACAACAGGAAAACGAAGAGCAGCAACAGCAGAGAAAACGCAGACGUCAUCAAUUUGCCCCUAUGACUCAGUUCAAUAGCAACACACUGGAUGAAGACAGUGGGUUCAGGAGCUCCUCUGAUGUAGCUGCGGCGGAUCAAGAUAACUUUUUGGAAGAUUCCCCUUCAGGAUAUAUCAAAAAAGUAAUUUUACGAAACUUUAUGUGCCAUGAACAUUUUGAGCUUGAGCUGGGUGCUAGGCUGAAUUUUAUUGUUGGUAAUAAUGGUAGUGGUAAGAGUGCGAUCUUGACCGCCAUUACUAUUGGUUUGGGAGCCAAGGCUAGUGAGACUAAUAGAGGUUCUUCUUUGAAGGAUUUGAUUCGUGAAGGUUGUUAUUCUGCAAAAAUUACCCUUCAUCUCGACAAUAGCAAGUAUGGUGCCUAUCAGCAAGGCAUUUUUGGUAACGAAAUUAUAGUAGAAAGGAUAAUCAAGAGAGAUGGGCCUGCUUCUUUCAGUUUAAAAUCUGAAAACGGCAAGGAAAUUAGCAAUAAAAAAAAGGAUAUUCAGACGGUAGUAGACUACUUUUCUGUUCCUGUGAGCAACCCCAUGUGUUUCCUGUCACAAGAUGCUGCCAGGUCUUUCUUAACUGCUAGCACCUCACAGGAUAAGUAUAGCCAUUUUAUGAAGGGCACUUUACUCCAGGAAAUUACUGAAAACUUGCUUUAUGCCAGUGCCAUUCAUGAUAGUGCGCAGGAAAAUAUGGCACUGCACUUGGAGAACUUGAAGUCUUUGAAGGCUGAAUACGAAGAUGCCAAAAAGCUGUUGCGAGAAUUAAAUCAGACUUCAGACUUGAACGAGAGGAAGAUGCUUUUACAAGCGAAAUCAUUAUGGAUCGAUGUUGCUCAUAAUACAGAUGCCUGUAAAACUUUAGAGAAUGAAAUCGGUGGCAUUCAACAGAAAGUUGAUGAGAUCACAGAGAAAAUUAGGAAUAGGCAAGAAAAGAUUGAAAGAUACACAUCCGAUGGUAAUACUAUUGAAGCGCAAAUUGAUGCAAAGGUCAUUUGUGUUAAUGAAAAAGAUAGUGAGCAUCAAAAUGCAAGACAACUGUUAAGAGAUGUCAAAAGCAGAUUUGAAAAGGAGAAAAGCAACCAGGCCGAAGCACAAAGCAAUAUUGAUCAAGGUAGAAAAAAAGUUGAUGCUUUAAAUAAAACAAUUGCACAUUUAGAAGAAGAACUCACAAAGGAAAUGGGCGGUGAUAAAGAUCAAAUGAGGCAGGAGCUUGAACAAUUAGAAAAAGCUAAUGAAAAAUUGAGGGAAGUAAACAACUCUUUAGUUGUAAGUUUGCAAGAUGUGAAGAAUGAGGAAAGAGACAUCCAAUAUGAACGUGAAUCUGAAUUGAGGACUGUUUCCCGCAGCAUUCAAAACAAAAAAGUGGAGUUACAGAAUAUUGCUAAGGGCAAUGAUACUUUCUUAAUGAAUUUUGAUCGUAACAUGGAUAGGCUUUUAAGAACAAUAGAGCAAAGAAAAAGCGAGUUCGAAACUCCGCCAAUUGGACCGCUAGGUUCCUUUGUAACAAUUAGAAAGGAUUUUGAGAAGUGGACACGUUCUAUUCAAAGGGCUAUUUCAUCUUCGCUAAAUUCAUUUGUUGUGUCGAAUCCAAAGGAUAACAGGCUAUUUAGAGACAUUAUGAGGUCGUGUGGCAUUAGAAGUAACAUACCCAUUGUUACUUAUCGCUUGAGUCAAUUUGAUUAUUCAAAAGGUAGAGCACAUGGAAACUAUCCGACUAUUGUGGAUGCACUAGAAUUUUCAAAACCCGAAAUUGAAUGCCUAUUCGUUGAUUUAAGUAGAAUUGAAAGAAUAGUGUUAAUCGAAGACAAAAAUGAAGCCAGAAAUUUUUUGCAACGAAACCCUGCAAACGUGAAUAUGGCUUUAUCGCUAAGAGAUAGACGUAGUGGGUUCCAGCUUUCUGGUGGGUAUCGACUAGAUACAGUUACUUAUCAGGAUAAAAUUAGAUUAAAGAUUAAUUCUGCAUCCGAUAAUGGGACCCGAUACUUGAGGGACCUGAUUGAACAAGAGACUAAAGAACUACAAAAUAUACGAGAUCGUUACGAGGGAAAGCUGAGCGAAGUGAGGUCAAGAUUAAGGGAAAUAGAUGGCAGACUCAAAAAUACCAAAAGUGAAAUGAGAAAAACUAAUUCUAGGAUAACGGAAUUAAAAAUGAAUGUUGGUAAGGUAGUCGACACCGGUAUAUUAAAUUCGAAAAUAAAUGAGAGAAAAAAUCAAGAGCAGGCCAUCGCCAGUUACGAAGCUGCUAAAGAAGAAUUAGGGCUGAAAAUCGAACAAAUUGCUCAAGAAGCUCAACCAAUCAAAGAGCAAUACGAUUCUACGAAAUUAGCGUUGGUGGAAGCCCAGGACGAAUUGCAACGACUAAAAGAGGACAUCAACAGCCGUCAAUCAAGAAUUAAAAAAUACAAAGAUGAUAUCAUUUAUUAUGAGGAUAAAAAGAAAGGCUACCUAGAAAACAUAAAGAAAAUUGAAGCCAACGUGGCGGUAUUGAAUGAGGGUAUACAAAGGCAAAUUCAAAAUGCUUGUGCGUUUUGCUCAAAGGAGCGAAUUGAGAAUGUUGAUUUACCGGAUACACAAGAGGAAAUCAAGCGUGAACUGGAUAAAGUCUCGAGAAUGAUCCAAAAGGCUGAAAAAAGUCUAGGGCUAUCGCAAGAAGAGGUCAUUGCAUUAUUUGAGAAGUGUAGGAAUAAAUAUAAAGAAGGCCAAAAAAAAUACGUGGAGAUAGACGAAGCACUAAACAGGUUACAUAAUUCUCUCAAAGCUCGUGAUCAAAACUAUAAGAAUGCGGAAAAGGGGACCUGCUUUGACGCAGAUAUGGAUUUCCGUGCAUCAUUGAAAGUAAGGAAGUUCUCAGGAAACCUUUCCUUCAUCAAGGAUACCAAAAGUUUAGAAAUAUAUAUCUUGACUACUAACGAUGAGAAGGCAAGAAAUGUUGACACUUUGUCUGGUGGUGAAAAAUCCUUUUCCCAAAUGGCGUUGCUACUGGCUACGUGGAAGCCCAUGCGGUCAAGAAUUAUUGCGUUGGACGAAUUCGACGUUUUCAUGGAUCAAGUUAACAGAAAGAUCGGUACUACUCUUAUAGUAAAAAAGCUAAAGGAUAUUGCAAGAACUCAAACUAUUAUCAUUACUCCUCAAGAUAUCGGGAAAAUUGCAGAUAUCGAUAGUUCUGGUGUCAGUAUUCAUAGAAUGAGAGACCCUGAGAGGCAAAAUAAUUCCAACUUUUAUAAUUAA